CAGCAUUUAUUUUGUAUGGAGGUGCCAUGGAAAAAGAGCAGUGGAGUUGUUCUGUUUAAAAAUGGACCGUUUAAGUCUAGUAGAUCAAUGCACGAUGUCCAAAGAAUGUCAGAAUGGAAACAGAGACCAUGACCACAACGAUUCCGAAACAGAAAAUGAACCAAUUCUCAGAGAAAACCCAAGACGUUUUGUCAUCUUCCCCAUCCAAUAUCCUGACAUCUGGAAAAUGUACAAACAGGCGCAGGCGUCCUUCUGGACAGUAGAGGAGGUGGAUCUCUCUAAAGACCUCGUGCACUGGGACAACUUGAAGUCUACUGAGAAACACUUCAUCUCCCAUGUCUUAGCCUUCUUUGCUGCCAGCGAUGGCAUCGUCAAUGAGAACUUGGUCCAGAGGUUCUGCCAGGAGGUUCAGGUUGCAGAGGCACGUUCCUUCUACGGCUUCCAGAUCCUCAUGGAAAACGUUCACUCCGAAAUGUACAGUCUGCUCAUCAACACCUAUAUCAGGGACUUGAAGGAAAGGGAUUACUUGUUUAAUGCAAUUCACACAAUGCCUUGUGUGAAGCAAAAAGCUGAUUGGGCACUACAAUGGAUAUCAGACAAAUCCACUUUUGGGGAGAGACUAGUUGCAUUUGCUGCUGUGGAGGGUAUCUUCUUCUCAGGUUCAUUUGCUGCAAUCUAUUGGCUGAAGAAGCGAGGCUUGAUGCCGGGUCUUACCUACUCCAAUGAACUAAUCAGCCGGGAUGAGGGCCUGCACUGUAACUUUGCUUGCCUACUGUUCAGCUACAUUGUGAAGAAGCCUUCAGAGAACAGGAUAAAGGACAUUAUCAGGAAAGCCGUUAGCAUUGAGCAGGAGUUUCUGACCGUGGCUUUACCAGUAAAUCUCAUCGGAAUGAAUUGUUCACUGAUGAAGCAAUAUAUUGAGUUUGUUGCUGACAGGCUGCUUGAGGAUCUGGGACUAAACAAGGUUUACAAAGUUGAAAACCCUUUUGACUUCAUGGAGUCCAUUUCCUUGGAGGGGAAGACUAACUUUUUUGAGAAAAGGGUGUCUGAGUAUCAGAGAUUUGGAGUGAUGCCUAAUGCCAUGGACAGUGAAUUCACUCUGGAUGCUGACUUUUAAGCUGACUGGCACACACUGAUUUAUAUAAUUAUUUUAUCCACAUUUAUUAACAAACAGUGAAUUCAGUCCACACAUGACAAAGAGUUCAGAUAUUUGAAUGACACUGUACUAUGCACAUAUUUAUGUAUUUCUGUUGAGUUACAUUUUUAUUUAUAUUGGGAAACCACAAAGUUACGUUUUUGUUGAGUUACAUAUUUUAUUGGAAAACCUGUGGUUGAGAUAAAGACUGGCUCGAGAUACCGCAAAGACUGCGUGAGACUUGUGUGUUUUGAAUUCCCGCAACUUUCUGAUGCUUGUAUUUUGUUGAGUGGCAUUUUUAUUUGUUGGGAAACAGACUGUGAUACUGCAAAGAUACCGCCAAGACACCGGUUUAUGUGUUUUGGAUUCUCGCAAAGACUGCGGCCUGUUGUAGUUGAGUUACAUUUUUUAUUAUUUGUAUUACUUGUAUUAUUGUUUUCAUUGAU